AUGUGGGGAAGAUGGAUAUAUGCCGAGGUCUGUGGUUUUGGAAAAUCUUCUAUAAUCUAUGAUAAUCCAAUCACGGGCUAUUCGAAUCAGCCUCUGAUAACGCAAAACUUAGGAGCUCUAUCGCCAUUCUUUUCUCUAGCUACCAAUGGAUCUGACGAUACCCCUCCCGGCUGCUCAAUUACUUUUGCACAAAUCCUCUCCCGCCACGGAGCACGAUUUCCUACGUCCGGAAAUGCAGCGCGUAUCCAAACUGCGCUUGCAAAAGCGCAAGUAGCUUUGCGGAACUCCAGUCUCUCUCUGCCGUCAAACUAUGACUUUCUUACGAACUUUACUUAUAUCUUGGGCGAGGAUAAUCUCACGCAUUUCGGACAACAAGAAUUGGUCAACUCUGGGUUGAAAUUCUUCGACCGGUACGGCGCCCUCGGCAAUGUUUCUGCUCCGUUCGUGAGAGCAUCCGAAAGCGCACGAGUGAUCGAGUCUGCCCAGAACUUUACGCAAGGCUUCAAUGCCGCAGCAAGCAACAGGAGCGCAACCACCAAGCUAGUUCCCGCUAAUUCGAUCCUUGUUAUUCCUAAGGUCGAAACCAGCAACAACACCCUCAAAGUUGAAACCUGCAAUGCCUUUGAGAAUGACACCCCGUUCGAUACUAUCGGCGACGACCAGGACCAAAUUUGGACCAAUAUUUUUGCGGCUCCGAUAACCGCUCGCCUGAACGCGGACCUGCCAGGAGCAAACCUGAACGUCAACGACACAGUAGCCAUUAUGGACAUGUGUCCGUUUGAGACCGUUGCGACCCCGAAUGGUGCCAUCUCGCCUUUUUGCUCCCUCUUCAUAGAUGAUGAAUGGGAGUCGUACGAAUUCCUGCAGGACCUCGACAAGUACUUUGGCAAUGGUCCAGGAAACGGCCUAGGCCCCACCCAAGGAGUCGGUUGGGUAAAUGAGCUUCUCGCCCGCUUAACGAACACAGCGGUUGUCGACCACACCUCAACCAACACGGCCCUGGAUUCUUCAAACUCGACAUUCCCAUUGGGGUUGGCACUGUACGCCGAUUUCUCGCACGAUACACAGUUGACAUCGAUCUUCUCCGCGCUCGGUCUCUUUAAUUCAACUGUUGUAAAAGGCGGGCUAAAUGCAACUGAUCGAAAUUCGAGCAAAACAUCGGGAUACACUUCUUUCCAGACGGUGCCAUUUUCGGCACGGGCGUACGUUGAGAAGAUGCUAUGUAACGGAACUCAGGAGGAAAUGCCACUGGAGUUUUGUGGCGGAGAUGAAUACGGGAGGUGCACGCUGUCGAACUUUGUGGAAAGCCAGGAGUAUGCCAAAUCAGGAGGGGAAUGGACUGAGUGCUGAAUGCUGAGGACAUCUAGAAAUGUUGUGGUUUGCUGAUCGUGGAAUCUAGAACAAAUAUAUAUCUUGACUG